GGAAUUCGGCCGGGUUGGCCCAUGUGUCACCUUGACAUCCCGGUUUUAGGUUAUAAAAAAAUCAAAAAACGAGUAUGGGGCGCACGACGGACCUGGACGCCUUCCUCAACCUGCACCGCGACCAGCUGACCUCCUCCGGCAUCCCCGAGAUCUACUGGGGCACCCUCAACGAAAAAAUCCAAACGCAGCUUUUCAACGCCGGUGAGAGCUUCCAACUGCUUCAAAUCGACUACGAGCGCGAGCGCCUGCCCCACGAGCCGGCGUGGGGGCUCCAGGCCACCACCGACAUCGACAAGUCCGACCCCAAACACAUCUACUUGAUCGACCAUGCCUGGACCUUUCGGGUCGGACACGCCAAAAACCAGCUGCUUCAGUUCGACUCGCUCCGCAGCCGGUUGUGCAAUAUUUUGGGGCUCAAUGAUAAUUUACCGAAAGAAGAGGUGGCGGAGCGGGUUUUCACCGAGAUCUGGAGGCUGUGCAACACGUACUCGAUCGGAAACGCGGAAAAUAUCGAGGAGAGGUUGCCGGUUUGGUACGUUAUGGACGAAAUAGGUUCGGCUGUGAUGCACAGUGAGACGCCCAAUUGCCGGGUCGUGCCCUUCGUGCACGUGGAUGCGCAAAUCACCUACUCGCUGCUUUUCCCCAUUUCGGAUGUUUCGGAGGAGGAUUUUAUUUUUGCGGAUUUUGCCGAAGGGGUCCAGGAUUUGGUGCAAAAGCGGGCCGCUUUGCUACCGUGGGUGCCCCACGAGUUCGACUUGAGUUUCGAGCCCGAAAUGCCAGGGCCGGACUACUAUCUAAGCGGCCACGUUGAAGAAAGUUUGCCUGAUCUGAAGCAACUGAACCGGAAAAAACCUCAAGAAAAGUACAAAGUUUUCACGGAAUAUAGUCUCGUGAGAGACUUUCUGACUGACGAAAGGUUCGAGUUUGUGGAUGACGAAGACACGGCCGAGAUCUUGUGGCUCACGCGGCACUUUAAAGACUAUUCAAAAUUGAGCGAAACGCCGCAAAAAUUCGUCAAUCAGUUCCCGUUUGAGUACGUUUUAACUAUCAAAGACCUGCUUUGUCUGACUUGUCGCAAAGCAGCCAGGGCCCGAAACCAGUCGAUGGAAGCGGCAAAGUGGUUCCCCGUCACUUACAAUUUGCGGACCGAAAUCGGUCAUUUUGUGAGUUACUUCCAAAAACACAAAAACCGGGAAAAUUUCUGGAUCAUCAAACCGUACAAUUUGGCCCGAAGUCUGGACAUCCACAUCACCGAUAAUCUCAACUACAUCAUGCGGCUCCCGGCAACGGGGCCCAAAAUCGCUCAGAAGUACAUCAGUAACCCGGUCCUGUUCGAACGGCCUGAAUGCGGCCCUGUUAAGUUCGACAUUCGUUACGUGAUUCUGCUCAAAAGUGUGAAACCGCUGAAAGCGUACGUUUACAGGGAGUUUUUCGUACGUUUUGCGAACAAAUCGUUCGAACUGAAGGACUUUCACGACUUUGAAAAACACUUCACUGUGAUGAACUACGACGAAAACGUCCAGCUUAAGCACAUGUUGUGUUCCGAAUUUCGCAUUUUUUGGGAGCAACAAUAUCCGAAUUUUGAUUGGGACAGUGUGCAAAAAUUAAUUUUGGGGGUUCUUAGGAACGUGUUAGAGGGGGCUGUUAAGGACGAGCCCCCUUGUGGGGUGGCCCACAGUCCGCAAUCGCGGGCUUUGUACGCCGCUGAUUUGAUGCUGGAAUGGGGGGAGUCCCGGGACAUCCAGCCCAAAUUGCUGGAAAUUAACUGGACUCCAGACUGCCAACGGGCAUGUCAGUAUUAUCCCGGCUUUUAUAACGAUAUUUUCAAGCUGCUGUUUUUGGAUGAAACGUCCGAUGCGUUUAUCGAAUUGUAAAGUCUAUUUUUGUUAAAGAAACAAUUUAUUUUAAAUAAACUUAUUAAAUACUU